AUGAGGGACAAAAUGUUUACCUGGAUCCAGCUGAAGAUAUGUGAUGGAAGGAGCUGCAGAUUCUGGACUGAUAACUGGUUCCCGAUGGGACGAGUUGCUGACUUCAUGCUACAGGGUAGGAACACACGCCUAGGUAUCAGGAAGGACGCUACACUUGCAAGCUUGUGUAGGGAGGGUCAAUGGCUUAUUCCUCAGGCUCGCUCAGAGAAUCAAGUUGCGGUUCUGGCAUUCCUAAUGAGUAUCAGUUUUACAGAAGAAGAAGACACCAAUGAGUGGGUGAUAGACGGUAAAUCAUCAACUACAUACUCAACUGGAUCGGUCUAUAAGAAACUAAAGGGAGAAACAAACACUUUACCAUGGACUAGGGCGGUCUGGAUUACUGGAGGAGUACCAAAGCACAGUUUCUUUGCUUGGCUUGUAACUCUGAAUCGUUGCCCAACACGUGAUAGGUUGCGAUCAUGGGGCCUCCAAUCAGAUUCAGUAUGUUUACUUUGUGGUGACGAUGAGGAAAGCAGAAGCCAUAUCUACUUUGAUUGCAUCUACUCUUGGGAAAUUUGGACAUCGCUGGCCAAUCGGUUUGAUCUAAUGGCUAGGAGGAACUGGAAUGAAAGCUUACAACAGAUGCAAUCCUUAGGGGGUGACAGAAUCAGGAAACGUCUGCUGCUUCUAUCUUGGCAAGCAGUCAUCUACUGGAUAUGGUCAGAGCGAAACUCCCGACUUCACCAUAACUCCUCUCGAUCUUCUGCGCUUCUGAUUACAUUCAUUGAGCGGCAAGUAAAAGAUAAAAUCUCUAGCUAUCGGGAUGGGAAUCCAGCACUCUCCUCUUCUCUUAUGCAAUCGUGGUUCCUUGCAUUUGAUCGAGUCUACUAA